AUGGUUGGGGCGCAAUCCGAGAGAGAGGACCGAGUUUCUUUGGAACUCACAGACGAAAUUCUACAGAGCAUGGAACCUGGCGCCGUCUUCAGAGACUAUAAUUGCAGGAUCAGCUCGAUUGACUUUCACAAAACAUCGAGUUACAUGGUGACGGCCAGCGACGAUGACUCAAUUCGUCUCUACGAUGUUGCAAGCGCUACAUGUCUCAAGACAAUCAAUAGCAAAAAGUAUGGGGUUGAUCUCGUUUGCUUCACUUCGCAUCCCACAACUGUCAUCUACUCUUCCAGAAACGGAUGGGACGACUCUCUGCGGCUUCUCUCUUUGCACGAUAACAAGUACUUGCGCUACUUCAAAGGACAUCAUGACAGAGUUGUUUCGCUUAGCUUGUGUGCUGGUGGCGAAUGCUUCAUCUCCGGUUCUCUUGAUCGAACUGUUUUGCUUUGGGAUCAAAGGGUGGAUAAAUGCCAGGGUCUCUUACGAGUCCAAGGAAGGCCUGCUGCAGCAUACGAUGACCAAGGCUUAGUUUUUGCUAUUGCCUUUGGUGGCUACAUAAGAAUGUUUGACGCCCGUAUGUACGAAAAGGGUCCUUUUGAAAUAUUUUCCGUGGGUGGUGAUCUUUCGGAGGCGAACGUUGUGAAAUUUAGUAAUGAUGGAAGGCUGAUGCUGCUUACAACUAUGGACGGUCAUAUUCAUGUGCUCGACUCGUUUCGUGGAACACUCUUAUCAACAUAUAGUGUGAAACCAGUAGCUGAAGAAUUAACAUUGGAUGCAACCUUCAGUCCUGAAGGGUCGUUUGUUGUUUCAGGUUCAGGAGAUGGUAGUACCCAUGCAUGGAGUGCAAGGAGCGGAAAACAGGUUCACAGUUGGAUAGGUCAUGGAAGUGAAGCACAAGUCAUAAAAUGGGCACCAGGAAGUCCCAUGUUUGUGACAGGCUGUUCAGAACUUGCCUUUGUGAUCCCAGACUUGUCUAAAUUGCCAGCGUAUGCCAUACGGAAAUAG